AUGUACACUAGCAUGGCUAACACAGACUAUAUGAAUGCGGUCCCAGAUGUGAUUAUGGAGCAGGAUAGCUCCUGUUCAUGGAAGGAUGGGCUGGAGACAAGUGCCAACUCCACAGACACGGCGUCGUCCUCGCUGGUGUACCGUUCCAGUUACCCAUUCAGUACAAGAAGAAUGAGUCUGGGGAACCCAGUAGCAACGGCGGGUGCCGGUGCUGGGAACAUGCAAAGUUGGCCCACGAGGGUGACGUCGCCGGGGCAGAUGCCUACGUCCCCGCGAUCAAGCUCGAUCUUCUUCGAAAACCCUGCUGGGAACAAGAAUAACUACGUCUACUCAACAAUGAUGAGGAGGAGCUCGUCCGCAAGCUCGGAUUACAGGCUGCUCUUCCCCACGGAACUCACAAGAAGACACAGCAGUGUGCGAUCCAGCCAGGCGGCGACGAGUCUGCAGAUCCCGAUCUCACACGGGAAGAGCUGCAUAGGGUCCCUCGCGAUAGAGGAGACUGCGUUCAAGCGACCAGGCAAGCUGAGAAGAGAGAUCACGGAGAAGUACCUUUCCUCGAACGGGUUUCUACCGAGAACACAACUGUACCACGACCACGCCGCGGGGAUGGCAAUCUCAGUCGCUACCAGCAGCAACGCCGUAUUCUUGCCCACAAUCUCCAACAACGAGGACGAGUACCUGGAGAGAAUCAACGCGCAUAGACGUUCAGGGGCAGAGACACACUCAGAGGACACGACGACUGCUCUACUCACCAGCGAGAACGGCGACUCGGAUACGGUACUAAGUGACGACGUCGGUAGUGACCUCGCCGAUAUCAACGAGUGGCAGCAGCUGGAUAACAUCAACGACUCGUCAAGCAGCAUAAACGGGUCCAGGAGGAGGUGCAGCUCGAUCAUGUCCCGCUCAACGGCAGGUUCCAUCCCAAACAGUGCUCCACAGCCAGUGGAGGUCAACAGCUCCAUGGCUCACUUCAAAAUCGCAGUGGUCAUCUCACUCAAGAAGGAGGUGCCCCUCUCCACGGUGGAACUCGAACUGUGCUCCCGAGUCCAGACCGAGUGGGCGGACGGUGCUCCACCGCUGAAGAUUACCAACAAAGAAUCCUACAAAGUAAGCGAGAUGGAUUGGCAGCUAAACGCAGCAAACUACAACCUUUUCAUCCCAACGGACGUCUCGUCACUGGACCAAACCAACGAGAAUUUCCAAAGGAUUAGAAAUUUCAGAUUUUGGAAAAAUAAGCAAAGAUCGGACAGAACGUACAUCACGGAUGAACAAUUCAGAAGGGAAUUGUUUGAAAAGAUUGGGUCAGGGUACAGCAAAAGCGGGUGGAUGAAACCAGGGGAGUACAUAUACCUUGUCCCCAUUAUUUUCAACAACAGAAUCCCUGAGACACUGUUUUACCCGUCAGCGAAAGUGGAGUACUGUUUGAGAAUAGCCGCCGUCGUGAAGGAACCAGAUACCUCUCAGAAAAAAUCGGGCUCCUACCUCUCAAAGAUAAAUAUAAACGGCAAGGGUUCUGAUACAAGCAGCUCACCCUUAUCAACAUCGUAUGAUUCAGUCGCGAACAACAACUCGCGCACAGAAUCACAGAACAGCAAGUCCAUUUUCAAGAAAGUUAAAAAUCAUCUGCAUAGAAAGACCAGCAAUGCUGACACCGUAGUGGUGGCGUUCGGUCAAGAAGACGCCGGCCACGUUGCAAAGGAUAACGAUAGUAGUACUAAUAUUCCCACCUCGGUAGAUAUAACAGAUCCGUCAUUCGUAUAUGGCGGCAACUCGCCAGCAUCCGCACAAAGCGCUUUCCAACAUCUUUCCCCAAAGGAGAUAUACCUUGAAUACCCAAUUAACGUAGUAAGAACUCCUCCUCAAAUAUCGGUAUCCACGGCAGAUAAACCAGUCUAUAUUAACAAAGUGUGGGGCGGUGCUCUGGCGUACGAGAUCGUCGUACCUCACAAGUUCAUCCCCCUAGGAUCUAAAAUUCCAAUCGAAAUAAAGUUAACCCCACUAAUAAAAGAUGUCCAGGUGAACAAAGUUGCCGUUUGUGUCACAGAAAAGAUUACAAUCUCCAACAAGACCAACAAAUUCCAAUUCAAAGAAACUGAUAAAUGUUUAAGGGACACGAACAGUUCGUACUACCACAUAUUUUUAUCCAAGAGACAGAAGGAAAGGAUGGUGAUAUUGUACGAACUGAGGACCAAGAACAGGGGGUCCAGGGCUUUGAGGGAAGAUACCGUUCUGAACACUUUAGACAAUAACUUACUGUCUUUUAACAAAGUAUACGAUGCGCAGACAGGAUGCCACCAAAACCUCAUCGACCCGUUGAAGAUCGAGACUGAAUUAGAGUUCCCCAAAUUUUCAGAGGAACAAGAGGACAUUUUAGAUAAGAACUUCAGGCCGUAUGGGAUCGACUCAUACUAUGCAGAGCAGGCGCCUCCUACUACACACCAGGAAUCUGAAUCUCGUAAAAACGGCCUCAUUCAAUUUUUCUUCAACAGUAACAAAUUCAGUGGGUCGUCUGAGAAUGAUAAGACUUCUUUCCCUAAAGAUACCUCAGUAAAGUCCAAAUUGAGCUUACCACAUGAGCCAAACGUUGGGCGUAUUGAAGUCAGAAAGAACAAGUUAAGGAGAGGGCUGUAUCUGGACAGCACACAUUUCCGCAACAUCAAGUGCAAACACAAACUGGAAAUCAUUUUAAGAGUAAACAAACCUGGCGAGAACAAUGAAAUGAAGCAAUACGAAGUUGUCAUCAACACACCAAUAUACUUGAUAUCGGAAAUGUGCCUUGAGGAAACCUAA